GCUGAAGACUGGGCCAAGGACUGAUAUUAUUCACUCAUGGACGGUUGUAAAACAGCUACAGCAAAAUCUACACCUGAGGUGAAGUCUGACCCAGGAGCGGAUCAAGCGGCUCCUGGUGCCCAGGGCUCCGUGGUGGGCUGCGUGUACCUGAAACGCAUGCGGGACAUCAUACCAGCGGAGUACCGCAAUGAGUUGGUGGAGGUUGUCAAACUAGCUGGACCAGUGGUUCUUUCAGAGAUGAUGGCCUUCAUGAUCAGUGUCGUCAGCACGAUAUUCUGUGGCCAUCUGGGGAAAAUGGAACUUGCAGCAGUAUCAUUAGCAACUGCGGUGAUUAAUGUCACUGGCAUUUCCAUUGGCACUGGCUUGGCACAAGCUUGUGAUACCCUCAUUACUCAGACGUAUGGGAGCGGUAACUUGAAGCGUGUUGGUGUCAUUCUGCAGAGAGGGAUCCUGAUCCUGCUGCUGGCCUGUUUCCCCUGCUGGGCUCUCCUCAUCAACACUGAGCCCAUUCUUCUUGCUGUCAGACAGAAUCCAGAAGUGGCCCGUCUGUCCCAGCUGUACGUGAAUGUCACCAUGCCUGCUCUGCCUGCUGCAUUUUUGUUCCACCUGCACGCGAGGUAUCUUCAAAGUCAGGGGAUUAUUUGGCCUCAGGUUGUAACUGGAGCAGCUGCAAAUUUAAUUAAUGUAGUCAUCAACUACAUCCUUCUCUAUUAUAUGGAUUUUGGGAUCGUUGGGUCUGCAGCAGCCAAUAUGAUCUCACAAGUUAGUCUGUUGGUGCUCUUAUACAUGUACACCCGCUGGAGGGGACUGCACAAAGCCACAUGGGAAGGUUGGUCACUGGACUGCCUGCAGGAGUGGGGACUCUUCAUGAAAGUGGCUGUUCCCAGCAUGCUUACACUUUGUCUGGAGUGGUGGAUGUUUGAGAUUGGAGGAUUCCUGGCCGGUUUGAUUAGUGAGGGUGACCUCGGAGCACAGUACAUAUCGUAUGAGCUGUCCGUCAUCAUCUAUAUGAGUCCAGUUGGAUUUUCGGCUGCUGCCAGCAUACGCGUUGGGAACGCACUGGGUGCAGGAAACAUAGAACAGGCAAAACUAUCUUGUAAAGUGCCCAUCAUCUGUGCAUCCGUAAUUACGUGUGUGCUUGGAGCAACUCUGAUCAUCACAAGAAAUGUCAUUGGAUACAUUUUCACAUCAGAGGAAGACAUUGUACAGAAGGUUGCUGAGGUCAUGUUUAUUUUUGGAUUCAUACAGGCUGCUGAUGGUGCUGCGGGAGUGAUCGCAGGUGUUCUCAGAGGAGCAGGGAAACAGCUGAUUGGUGCUGCGUGUAACCUGGUGGGGUACUACAUCAUUGGUCUCCCCAUUGGUGUGCCGCUGAUGUUUGCAACUCAGAUGGGCAUUUCAGGUCUGUGGACUGGAUUUGCCAUUUGUGUAAUCUUGCAGUCAGUUUUUUUGGUCAUAUAUUUAUACAAUUUCAAUUGGCAGAAAGCUGCUGAAGAGGCGCUUGUGAGAGCAGGAAUCCAAACUACUGAACAGAAACAGACAGACCAGACGGAAAAAUCAGACUCGAAUCAGGGUGAGGUUCUGUUCCUGAUGUCUCCAUCCACUUGUGUGAGUGUUGAGGAGGGCGACACACGCCGUGAGACACGAGGUCCAGUCCAGAUAAAAUCCACAACCACGACAGUGGGAGAGGUUCUGUCAGGAAGACAGCUGCUUAUACGCCGUUCCUUGACGGUCCUGCUGAUGGUCCUCAUCCCCGUUGCUGGAAUCCUGGCCAAACACUUCCUCUUGAAACAGUUCAAAUAA